AUGUUGCUUAGAUUUAUAACCACAACCCAUGAAUUAAAUUGGGCCUCACUAUAUUAUUUCACAAAACACACUAGACCCAAAGCUUAACCUCAUAGAGAGAAGACAAGAGCCAAAGCAAUUAGUGAUGAUAAAUCAGGAAAAAUUGCCAAAUCAGAUCAAGAACAAGAAUAAAAAUAAUAAUAAGAAAAUCUCAAGAAGAAAAUAGAAUUAGAAAAAUUAAGAGCAUUAUAACCAAAGAUGCAUACCUGGAGUUCAUUUUAUGAAACGCAUAUUCCUUAAACCAAAAAAGUACCAAAAACAAUUUAUCUUUCCUUAAAUGAGUAACCUGAAGGAAGAAGAAAGCAUUACAAAAAGUUUGACUAACCUCCAGUUGAUAUUACCGAAGAAUGCAAUUAAAAAUUUGAAAUUAAAUAGCAUACUUAUGAGGACCCCUUUGCUUCACCAAAAAGAGCAGGAUUGAUUGCUGUUAAAGUCGGCAUGACUGCCUAAUGGGAUAAAUGGGGUUACAGACAUGCAUUAACCGUCCUGCAAUUAGAUAAUAAUUAAGUUGUUUAAGUAGUUAAAAAUGACACCUAUACUGGCUUGUAGAUAGGCGCAGGAAGAGUCAAUAUUAAAACCCUAAAAAAACCCCAAAUAGGUCAUUUCCUUAAAGCAAAUAUACCUCCAAAAAAAUAUAUCAAGGAAUUCCCUAUUACACCUGAAAACACAUUGCCAGUCGGCUUUAUGUUGACAGCAAGACAUUUUACUCCAGGGUAGUACAUUGACAUUUAAGGUAUUUCAACAGGAAAAGGAUUUGGAGGUACUGUCAAAAGACACAAUUUUAAAACACAACCAGCAACUCAUGGUAACUCAUUGUGUCACAGACAAUUGGGAAGUACUGGUUAAAGACAAGAUCCAGGUCGAGUUUUUAAGGGAAAGAAGAUGCCUGGUCAUCUAGGAAAUGAUAAAGUGACAUGUGAAGGCAUUUAAAUUUACAGAAUAGAUGCAGUUCGAUAAUUAAUAUACAUUAAAGGUUCAGUUCCAGGAAAACCAGGUUCAAUCGUGUAUUUAAGGGAUUCUUGGAAGGCUUAAAAGAAAAACAAAGAAUUACUUAACUUUCCAACUUUGGCUGUUGAGAAUGGAAAGGAAUAUGCUAAGGAAAUUGUAAUGGAAGCUCCAUUAGAAGAUCCUGAAAUGGAGGAAACUCAUGAGAACGAUUUCCCAAAGGCUGGAGAAGAUGCAGAGGAUUGA